AUGACCGGCCCUGCCAGGACGAACUCGGGGUCCAGUGCAUACAGUCCUUAUGGCCGACGAACCGGUGGACGGGACCACACAGCCGCUCCAGCGUUCCAGUUCCCUCCGGCGUUUCUUCCAUUGUCGACUGUACAUGAACGCUCCUCGCCUGUUAGCACGCAACAGCAGUAUCGUCCGGCUGCAUCAGGACGUACCCGAGAACCAUCCGCCAACCCUGAACAAAAUCAAGCUCGUCCCCGAUAUUCCUCUGUGAAUUAUAACUCGUCUCCUCCGCCCAGCAGUCCAUCUCCAUCCACAGGACUCACCCUUCCCGACUCCUUUAUACCUCAAGCCAGCGCUUUCUCCUCAGUCUCAUCCUCUGUCCCUCGUGAUCAACGUCAAACCUUGCAGCAACUUCAAUCCCUCCAGGCUACCAACGAGAUCUACGCCAGGGAUAUCCGUGCAAUUGGGGAGCGACUAGUAGCGGCAGAAGCGUUGAUCGAGGGGUUGGCUAAGCGGGUGACAGAGCAGGACGGGAUCAUUGGAGAAGGCGAAGAGACUAUCAAGGAUUUGAAAGCGAGAGUAGAGGAGCUCGAGGACGUGAAAGAGAGCAGCCAGUAUGUUGAGGAGAUGGGACAUCAGGUCGAGCCGGGCGGAGAAGGACGACGCUGCUUGAAGAUAUUUAUCAAGUCAGCGAUCAAGGUCCUGCAUGGAUGCGAGGCUCCGGUACUUCCACCUCUUCCCGGCCAAACGAUGCCGCUCCUCACGACAGCAAGCGGAGACUCCGGCUCAGUCGAAGCUAUGAGGUGGGACUACACGAAGAAGUUCAGAGACAAGGCCAACGCUAUCCAAACUCAGCGAUUACUCGAGUUUGUGGAGAAGAGGCCGGGUGACGUACCUCUCCCCAACGACUGCCCUCGCGACAGCAUUCCUGCCUAUGACAUCAACACCAACGUCUACGUCGACUGUAUCCGGGAGGUCUUCACGGCCUAUCGCAAAUCACUCGCCAACGCCGUCUGUAAGACAUGGGAAUCUGAGACGAAGGAGCUGGUAGAGUCGGCGAUCGCAACGCUAGAGACAUCUUUGGCCGGGCCCGAUCCAAGUGGUGACCCUGGGGAUGUGACGAGAUGGAAGGCUUAUGUCAGCGAGAUCAAUAAGAUGAUUGCGGCGGAGCAGACAGAUGAGAAGGGGAACGUUCGUUCAAAACUUGUUGUGCUUGCUAGACAAAUCAAAGGGAAACGUAUGCACACACGCUUUCACGGACCGGAGUACGCCUCUCUCGAUGAGAUUCACGGUCUGCCUGCUCCCAUUCCGGUGAAGAGCGCGGAGGGAGCGAGAGAGUGGUAUUGGCCUGACAUGCCAAGCGUUUUCUCGGCAGAGUACGGCGCUGUGUUUGACGAGAUCUAUGGGACUCGGGACCCGUUAGUGAAGAACCAGACCGAGAUCGCUACGGAAUCGCCCGCCGACUUUACCUUCCCGACCUAUCAACAUUACUUUGCGACUACUGCUCCGAAGCUCCACGAGAACCCCCAACGCUGGAUGUUCCGCCGGGAGUGGUUGGCCACCGUACCUCACGAUAUUCAGGAGCUGCGUAUCGUCCCCGUAGACCAGCCUAUGAGCCCGGACGAUGUCAAGCAGACGCCAUGGUAUCUCAACCACCCUCAGCGGCUGGGAAGAAGCGUCACGGCGGCGUCAUCCAAAAAGAAGGGGAAAGCGAGCGGGAAGAAGCCAGCUGUGAAGAUUGCCGCCUCCCCGGCUCCGUUUGCUAGAUCUUCCCAGGCAUCCGUGGAACCACUUAGCGGCCCUUCGCAAUCCCAGGCUGGAUCCUCGACUGAGGUAGAGUCUCAGAUCUCGGCGCCCAAGGAGACCACACGGAUCAUGAAAGGACGCACUGGCGCCGCGUCGAGCUCCGUGACUCCGCGAUCGGGCCUCGCUGGGUAUUCCCAACCUGCCUCGCAGUCUAGUCAGACCCCUUUCGUCGCUAGGCAGCCGCAAAUCACCGACCAUCUAUACCAGACUCGCCCUUCCGUCGCAGGGUCUGUUUCAGGGAGCAGCCAAAGCAAGCACAGUCAGCAAAUGGUGCUGGAUCCUACGCUGGGUGGAUCGACCUACAACAGACACAGUCUGCGCAGCUCAACCCAAGAACCGACUCACAGCAACCCCUCGCAUUUCGGACAUCAUUCAACCGGCUUCGUUCCACCCAUGCGAGUCGAAGCGUCGGCUGCAACUACAAGCUUCCCUGGAGGAUCGAACGCAGGGUUGCAGACCACUCUCUAUCAAGGCUCACCAGGUCUAGGCCGCACUUCAGACCCGAACGUCGGCGGGUCAGCGGUAGGAUCAGGCAGCCAGGAGUCGAUACGAGAAUACGAUACCCCGGUCGACACGCGGUACCGCUACCCUUCCGAUUCUCCUGGAAACGGCCUCUGCUAA